GUCUUCAACAUGGCGAUUUGGCCAGUCAGGUGAUUCGACUGACCAAUUGAUCUUGUUUCACAAUGGAGUCUUGAUGAGUUUGCACGACUGGAAUGGCCAGUAAAGAAAGUCUUGGAAGAGUGAGACAUUUUGAUCUUAGUUCAAAACAGGUUCGUGUACAUUUUUCUCUACAAAUAUUAAUUUUAUUCCUCAGUAGUUAGGAAGUCUCCUGCGAAGCUUCAAGUAGUGCAAUCUAAGCCAUGCGUUUUCCAAGUUAUACAAUAUUUGUUUAUCUUGAUCGAAUUGCAACCACGCAAAAAUGCAAUAUCUUAUUUUCAUCUUCGAAGCCUUCUUUCCGUUGUUCUUAGCCUUGUCAUCGUGGCCCGUUCGUAUCAGUUUUACAAUCAAUUAUAAUAAACAUUUCAAAUUAUUAUUAAUCUUGUGGGUGAAUUGAAAUAAGGUCAAUUUGAAUUUUCGAACGCGGAUAUCUGCUAAGCCCCCCGAUUAAAUCAAUAAACUGUCCAAAUACCGAUAUCCAAAUAUUUUGUUUUAAGAAAUUCGAAACGCGUGCAAUAUCGCAACUCUCUAAAAGUUUCUUGUGACAUUUUUGUUCCAUAUUUGGCACACUGUACGUGUCUACGAAUAUUGAUUAAGCUAUUCUUCAACCUUACAGCUGCGACUGCGACACCUAAGAAGCAUCUCUGUUCGAAAAAUUAUUCCAAAGUUUUCCAUUUUUGGAGAUGAUUUGCUGGACUGCCUGCUGGAAACAUACUUCACUUUGCAUAGUGUUGAAGGAAAUCAGAAAGGUUUUUGUUUUUAGAAUAGUUGUUUAAUUCUUAUUGCUUGUCUGUUCGAAUUUUUAUGUGUAACCAUUUUAUCAAAUUUUUGCAUUUAACAACAGGCAAGAGUCUCUAGUUUUCCAUACCCUCUUCCUUCACCUUGCACACCCAUACAGUCAUGUAACUCUCAUCUCCUGUUCUUUAUUGCAGAAUGCAGCAGAUUGUUAACUAUUGAAUGUUACAUUUUCAAAUUUCUCACCCAUUUCCUGCCCUUUCUUUUCCUUUUCCUGGGCACCUUUGCCCCAUUCUGUAUAUUGCCUCAACUUUCCUCAAAAUGAAACUCUUCUCCUUUAAUUUUUGUGUACAUAAAGGUCAAAUUUUUGUCCAAAAUCCUUAUGCUUUUUGUUUGUUUCUUUCAUAGCUAUCUAUACCAGUGAGAAAAUCAAGUAUUCACUGGUGAGUAAUAUAAAUAUGACUGUCAUUCAUUCCCUCUCGCAGCCAGUUUCCUUCUCAUAUUUAGUUUGGUUUGUUAGAUUUGCAGUCCAUACAUUCACUUGGUCUUUGUUUUUUAAGUUAGCUUUAUUAUUAUUAUAAUUUCUAUUCUUUAUGUUUUAUUCGCAAAUUAGAAUCCAACAUGGGCUAGUUUUGAGCCAUCUUCAUGGAAAGAUCAACAAUCAAGUGCUGUGUCUUGUAUCCUUUUUUUCUGAAAACCUUUACUCUAGUGAUCAGCAUACAUUGUAGAGCCUGUUUAGUUUUUUGUGUGUAGCUCUACAUGGUGAAGUUAUUUUUUCCUUGAUCAAAAUGUCAGCUGUCAUUGUUAGAGUAUGGGGAGGUCAAAAAGACACAUUUCAACUUAUUAUUGAGUGGAAGGUUCAUUUGCCAUCCCUGCAAUACCUUGGAGAACAGGUAAAUUGAUAACAGUGUGUAUGAUUUGAAAGAAAAACAUUUUGUCAACUUAGUAUGUCUUCUUUAUAUCAUGAUUAGUGUUAAUUAUUGGUGAUUUUUUCAGGCAGAACACUCAACACUCACAGUGACCCUUGAUAAGGAGCAAAUUGGGUAACUCCUGAUGAGCAGUCUGGGAGACUUGACUAAGAGCUAGAGGGCGAGGGGGGGGGGUGUCCAGCUAUAGAUUGGCAUUUUGGAGGAGUAGAUACAUGUAUUCCCUCCUAGACUCUUCAUGUUAUAAAGAAAUACAUGUCAGAAAAAAACAAACAAGGGAUAGUCAAUGACAAUUACAGGCCCCUUGGCCACUGAAGCGGAACCUUUCUUUUGAUUUAACUCAUGACAAUGCUAUAAUUUGAUGAACUUUUCAGGUGAAGUCCAGUAAAUAUGGACAGAACACAGUUAUCUUUGGUCUUAUUGAUGGGUAUUACAGUGUACCUAACUGCCUGCCAAAAGAAGAGGUAAGCUGGAAUAGAUGAUCUCUCAGCACUUGAAUUCUGUUAGAACACAAAUUUUGCAAUAAUUCUGUUAGACUGCACAUAAAAUCACAAGUGUUUGUGAUUUUUUAAGACUGCAGGCUGUGGUGAAAUUGUAGCUGUGAAAAGAAAAGAUGUUAUUAGAGUUGAUGUGGACCAGGUAUGUGAGCAACACAUGUAGUAAGUUUGACAACUGAAGACUCAAUCAAUUAAGAUCAGGUGGAAGGUACAGUUACCAAAUUGUUAAUAUGGCAUCACCAGAAUGAAGGAUCAUUAUCUGUGACAUGACAGGAUCUUUGUGAAGAGUUUCUGGCAAAAAAAAUUUUGUUUUCAUUACUUUGAGUGGUUCAUAUCAGUUACCUAUGUAGACUUUACUGACAAUAAUCCUUUUCUGUCAAUUAUUAAACAUUAGCCAGAAUUGGUUGAUGACAUGCCUUAACCACAUUGAAAACCACACAGUGUUUUUGCAUGUAUUCAUAGGACUUUUCUUUUCAUAGGUUCAAAUGUCUUGUAAACUGUCAUCUAUUCAAAGGUAUGUCCUUAUUUAAACAUGUAUUUCAAAGUUUGUGUAGCAUGGUUUGUUUAAUAUGGUAUAUGUGCAUUAAUUUGAAGGCUGUCUUGAUUCUUCUCCUCAGACUACAGACAGUACAAAAGGCCAUUCUGCAGUCUCAGCUGUCAGUCAGGGAUGUGCGGCAGGCCAUCCUAUGCAAAGUUGAAUCUGACAUCAAGUCUACUUCACAGGUUUGUAUUAAAGUUUGGGCACAAAUAUCCAGAUAAUUUCCCAUACAGGAAAAAGAUGUUGUACUAUAUAUUUUUUAUUUUAAUGGAAUGGUGUUCUGUAUGACAGUAGUGGACUCAGCAUGCUUUCUGCCAAGGAGAUCUUUUUAAAACCAAAUUGUCAAUUUUUUAAUCAGUUGUAAUUAAAACUCCUUUCCUUUUUGUUGCAGCUAUCAGAAGAGGAGAUGCUGAAGUUGAAGAUCAAACUUUUAAGAGAGGAGUGCUUAUUAAAACAGAAACUCUUGUUGAAAGGUGUUUAUGUACAUGUAGCUUUCUCAAAUAAAUGUUUCUGACAUUUUUAUAAAAAGGGAAAUUUAUACAUUUUUGUCAACUAAGUAAUAUUUUUUGCAAAUUGUAGAAGGGGCAGAGGAGAAGAGUGUCUCUGAAAAACUGAAGGAAAGAGGUGAGUAAUGUUUAAAUUUCCAACAAAAAAGUGACUUUAUUUGAUCCAUAUCCGUGGAUAUCUUUGCCCUCUAUCCUAGUAACCAUUAGUGGUAAGUCCAGAGGGAGGGUCAGGGGGGUUUGGAGCUGAUUACCCAUCAGACCUGUGGGUAGUUAACUUCUUGUCUGAUGCAAAAAUUCUGGCAAGUCGUAUAUUGCAACUCAACUACGUUUGACGUGUAACUGCAAGUGAAAGGUUAGUCGAGAAGUUAUUUGCAGUGGAAAACAAUUCUAUGUUCAGAAUCCAUGCCUUCUCCUCCCCCCCCCCCCAUCAUAGUGUUUCAUUGCACUUGUGUAAGUUAUGUUCUUUGUAUUACGCCCCAUGAAUUUGUCGUUCUACAGAAAUGAACCUUAGGAGGAACAGAGAGAAACUGGACUCUAAUAAAGUUUGUUUGAGAGAACAUAAGCAAGCACACGUAGAAAAAAGGUAAAUAUGUUAAAGGUAUCUGCUUCCAUCACUUCAUGCAGACAUAAGGUCUAAAUUGUAAAGAUAAACAACUCUCAAGGUCAUUGAUUUGUGAUCAUGUGCUGAGGUCGUUCUAAUGAGUAAUUCCUUAAAAGAACUGUUGACGAUGUUUUUAUAAACCAUGGCAGCUUAUCCUGCUUGGAGUUUUCUGUAGAAUUACUCAGUAAAAACCCUAUAGUUUUGAGCGUAAUUUGUGAUUAAAGUAUAUUAAACUGAUAUUAAAAGGUACAGCGGUCAAAUGGUAUCGUCAAAUUAGGGAAUUAUUUCACGCACGUUUUGUCAAAAUUCUAACACUCUAUGGAGCCUUUCCCCAGUAACCCUUUGAUUAUACUUGCUAACUGCUGUCGGUCUGAGUGCCACGCGAAUAUUGUGGGGUGAUUGAGAUCCGCCUCAGUACUGGUUUCGAUAAAUCAGCGGUCGUGUUUAAUACCGACCUCUUUUGGUAUUGUAGGGAAGCUUUCGAUAAGGUGACUGCUCAGAUGAAUAUGAGACGACGACAACUCAUCUCUGAGCUGAUAACAAUCUACCCCAUUGUUGAGGUGAGGAAUAACCAUUGAGUGCAAUUAGAAUUACAUAAGUAAUCUGCUCAUUCAAUAAAUACGCUGCCAGAUAGAAAAAUCUUAAGUUUUACUGCUGACAAUUGUUGUCGUUUUGGUCUUUCUGCAGUUGAAGAAAUCAAAAGAAUUUCUAAUUUCUGGCGUGCGGCUUCCUAAUUGUGAAUCAGACGAAUUCCAAGGUGAGAAAAUGAAACCCCUCGCUUUCAAGUUCCCAUCAUCCAGAGUAAACAUUCAUUUUUGCGACAAACGAUUGUAAAAAGUCACUCAUCACCAUUAACUGCCGCGAGCGGGUUCGACGGAUCUUAACCGCUGACACCCGAACAUCCGUAUGCAUAUCCUCCAUAUUGUUCUCCAUACAUUUUCUUAAGGAGCCUACUAGGAGAAUUUGUUCAACAAUCAAGAGCUGUUUAAUUGAUGAUCAAUUCCUUUAUUCUCGUGACCUUUAUGUGUGAUUCAGGGGUAGCAUUGUAAGGAGACUUUAGAUGUCAGCCAUUCUUAGGGGUCAAAAAGUUAAACGAUAUCUACCUAAUUGCAGCCAUGGAUGACGAGACCCUGUCGGUUGCCCUUGGUUACACGUGUCACUUGGUGUGUAUGAUAGCUCAAUUCUUGGAUCUACCUUUGAGAUAUCCCAUGAAUUCUCGUGGCUCUAGAUCCACCAUUAUGGAUUUCGCGAUUGAAAAAGUUGCAGAGAAGGAGAGGCAGUGAGUACAAAGUAGUCUGUGUGGCAGGCGGUUUUGUUAGCUUGCGAUGGAAAAAUGAAUUUGGUGUUUUAUUCGAGGGCAAUCUCAUGCAAGUUUUAUGGGCGGUCGAGGCAUUCCCAUCGAUAAAUAUUAAACUACUUUCCUUGCUAAUUAUGGAAGCUGUCAAUUUCUUGCAACAAGUCAAUGAGCAAGGCAAAACUACUUUUCUCUCGCCUCUUAGCGAGAGUAGCCCGUUUGAAAGUUUGAAAUGCUGUGGUUGUUUCUCGACAUGUUCGGUGUCGAUUGUCCAAGAUUGCCCGGGUGUGACUCACAAUGCUCUUGUAGAGUGGCACGAUGGAUGACUUGUUCUUCUUCUUUGCUUUUCAGGUUUCCGUUGUAUAAUAAGGGGAAAGAAAAAAUUCAGUUCUACUAUGGUACUUUUCUUUUAAACAAGAAUAUAGCCCAGGUAAAGUUUCUUAGUAACUCGCAUUCGUUACAGCAAUUUCUGUUGAAUGUGGAAAGAAAGCUAUCUGGGAUAUCAUUGGUUUUGAUUUAGAGCGGUCAGUGAUUGGUCCAGAAAAUCUCAAGCGUCAUUCUUAACCAAUCAUAUGCAAAACCAACCCCAAUGGUGACUUGGUCGCUUUUGUUUUCCUGCCCUUGAGGUAGUUUUCACAACUUACACCCUAAAACAACUAACCCAAACUCUCAUCGGUUCCUCGUGAAAUUGCAGUUUUCAAUUGAGUGUGGAGAAGCCAAAACCGAUAAAUUGCAUUGUCAUCAGCUAAUGAGGAAUCAAAGUGAUAACAGUAAACUUCUUGAGGCGCGGGAAAGUGCGAAUGACCAAGUCGCUAAUGUUUUCAGUUUUGAAUUUGAUUGGUUGAGAGGAUGGCGCAAGUAUUCUAAACCAAUCACGGUAAAACCAAAGCCAUCUCAAAUUACUUUCGACACUAUUUAAAAUUGUUCAAAUUUACCGUGUUCCGAUUGGUCAGCGGAUUUCGCUGGGUUUCGUUUUACGACAGUCGCUUAAAAUGAAUUGUGGUUCUAUAGAGAUCGUGUAGAACUGUGACAACAAAUAACAGCCAUGCUUUGAUUUUAACAUAUCCUUCCUUUGCAACCGUUUAGCUUCGUCAGUUCAAUGGCUUGGGGACACCGAACCUGCGCAAUACUCUACCUAAUCUUAAAGACUUGCUGGAAACAAAGUUCCAAACAAGGUUAGCCAAAAAAUAGCAUAGGUAAAUAGCAUAGGUAAAUAGCAUAGGUAAAUAGCAUAGGUAAAUAGCAUAGGUAAAUAGCAUAGGUAAAUAGCAUAGGUAAAUAGCAUAGGUAAAUAGCAUAGGUAAAUAGCAUAGGUAAAUAGCAUAGGUAAAUAGCAUAGGUAAAUAGCAUAGGUAUGCAAUGCGUCCACACUGGAAUGAGUGCAUUCUAGUUUUAAAAGUAAUGUUACGUUAUUAAACACAUGCUGUGUGUAGCUUUCCUACAGGGAUACUUUGGUUUUUGCAUAUUUGGUAAAAAUUAAAGGUUUUUUUCCAUAGGAAAAGCUGACAACAUGUAGUAAAGCUACAAGCGUCUUUUUUUCAGUUUGAUUUUGUUGUUUAAUUGUUUCAGUUUUGUUGGCCUGUACUAGGAAUUCAGUAAGUAAAACGGAGUCAAACAUUAAAUGGCGGGACAGUAGCGGAGAAUGGAAAAACGAGGAUGAUUUUAGGUCGUUUUUCACCUCAGCUUCAAUCGCACUUCGUAUCAACAACUAAACUAUCUUUUGUUUUGUUUGGUUUUUUUUGCUUGAUUGUUUCAGGAUACAUUCUUCAGUUGGAAGUAAUUUUUUGCGGCUAAUGGUUAAUAUUUUUCUCCCAGUGAAAAAUCUGCACCUCUCACAAUCAUACGGAAGUCUCCAUUGAAACACAGCCAUAAACGCUCAUCUACAUCAGGAUCCGGUGAAUCGGGAGAAUCUUCUCCUUCGAAUCCCAAACUUGAGGAUGUUCUUCUUAGGACAAUGAGUGCCUCCAGAUCCGAGGCGAAGUCUGUUAUGCCGGAAGCUCUGAGUGCAGCGCAAGUUAAUCUUGUUCCGAAUGCAGAAACUAAUGUUACGAAAAGAGAUGACCCGAAUCCACCAACUCAACAUGAUUCGGUUGACUCGCUGGAAAAGCCUGUGUCGGAUGAUCGCGGGAAGGUUGCUACUGCUUCCUUAACAGACAGCUCACUGUUGCACAUACCCGCGCAAGGAACGAGUCAUUUAAAGUUUCUCGAACAACAGCGUUCCAAAAAAACCACUAAACUCGAAGACACUAAAAAUACUAAGACUAAAUCUCCAAGGACACUCUCCCUGAAGGGCCACAGACCAUCGAAUGCGGAGAAACGAAAGCUGGUCAAGAAUAACAGUAUGGAUACCGGAAUUGUAAAUAAAGGAGUCGCAUCUAAACUAGCGGAUGGUACUGUUAAUAACUUGAUUUCAAGUGCGGGAAAACGUGAUAUUUCUGGUCGUCAACACUCAGAAAGUUCGAGACAAGGUAAGGCGAAUGGUACAGUGUAUCGCUUUGAUAUAGAUAGUCGUGCCAAUAAGUGCGUCGUUUAACGCUGUAAUAUGUGAAUUUUUUUUUUUGAUUUUGUUGUUGUAGUUGGCUCUUCUGCCCCCAAUGGGGAACCCUCUACUGUGAAAGGAGACACCAGCAGCGGUAAAGCCGAUGUGUUGAACAAACCAAGCGAAUCUGAUAAACCGUUGUUCCGUAACGACGAACUUCGCGCUAAAAGGAAUUAUUUGUUCGAUGUGGAGGGAUCUCUUAAUUUCGACAGUUUCUGCGAAAAUGGAGAUAUAGAUUUAAGAUGAAAACGGAAUUUUUUUUCAAAGAUGUGUGUGUUGUACAUAAAAAUUAUGCCCGUUAGCAAUUUCCAAGAUUUCAUAUGAUGAAAUUUUUUUUUAAUAAAAUAAGAUAUCGCUAAUUUACAAUAAUUUCAAAUCUCAACCUCUCUUAGCUUGGAACCAGACAGUGAAAAUAAUUGGGGAAUGGUACAGAAAAAAAUAAAAACGCAGAAACUGCCUGUUUUUUUCCGGUCCCGUUCCCCAAUAAUGUGGCCAUAUGAUUUUUCAAUGAGGAUUCUGGUCUAAGGUGACACCGCCACGGAUCUUUUGUGCGUCAAUCCAUGCAGCGUCGCUUUUAUUUCUUGGCAGAAGUUCUUAUGCCAAAACAGAUUAGUUGGUUGAAUUCUUAAAAUGUUUUUCUUUUUCCAGGUAAAAGAAAAGACCUGUUUUUGCAAAGAAAUAUGAUAUAUGAUAACGAAACUGAGGGAUUUCUAAGGGAAUAGUUGGGGAAUUGGGGAAAUUUUAAGUUCUUGGUGGCUAAGGUUAUUAAUCUCUUUUUCUGACUGUUUAGCGAAUAUGAAUGAAACUUAAAUGGAACAGAAGACCUGCAUUGAGGACAGAUCCAUAAACCCACACAUAUUAUUUAGGAGAUGUGAACAUUUUCUUUCUGUCGGACCCAUUCCCCCUUCUCGCUGUGAUUUUAUGUCUUUCAUCGAGUCCAAUCUUACCCACCUCGGGAUGGUGUCUCAUGGAUUUAGUAUAAGUGGUGGCCUGGGCACGAGGGAUUUUUUGUUCCUAAACUCUUUACACCUUCUGAUUUGUUUCUGGUAUUUCUGUGACUACUGUGGAAUAAUAUAUUGAUAACUGAAUAAACA